AUGGCUCCCGCCGCGCAGCGCAGCGCAGCGCAGCCCGGCAGCGCCUGGUCCGGCGGGCGGGCGGGCGGGCGGGCGGUGCGAGCGCGGCGCCUCCCACCGCCCACUUCCUUCCUCGCCGGGGAAGGGGCCGGGGCUGCGGCGGCGGAGGCUGCGCUCCCUCCCCGGCCACCUGUGCCUCGGUCCCUCCCUCCGUCCCCGCUCUCCUUCUCCCUUCACUCCUCCCGCUUGUCCCUCCCCCUCUCCUGCUGCCUUCCCUCUCUCCCCCAUCGCUCUCGCUUGUCCCUCCCUCUGUCCCUUGCUCUUUUCUGUCCUUUCCUCUUCCCUCUGUCCCCGCACUCGCUUUGCCCUCCCUCUCUCCUUCAGCCUGCCCUCUGCCCCUUGCUCGCUCUUUCACCCCCUCUCCCUCUUCUGUCCCUCUCUCUCGUCCCCCAUCCCCUCACUUUUCCCUCCCGCUGUCCCUUACUGUUUUCUGUCCUUCCUUCUCUCUUCCCACCCUCAUCCCUGCACCAGUACCUUCCUUUCCUCUUCCCUCAGCCCCUCGCUCUCCCGCACCCCACUCAUCUUUCCCUCCUUCACCCUGCCCUCUUCCCCUGUCUCUUCCUUUCCUCUUCCCUCUCCCCCCAGCCCCUCACUCUCCCACACCCCGCUCGUUUUCCCCUUUCUCCUUCACCCUGCCCUCUUCCCUUCCCCAUCCCCUCAUUCUUUUCUGUCCUUCCUUCUCUCUUCCCACCCUCAUCCCUGCACCAGUUCCUUCCUUUCCUCUUCCCUCUCUCCCCCAGCCCCUCACUCUCCCACACCCCACUCAUUUUCCCCUCUUUCUCCUUCACCCUGCCCUCUUCCCAUCUCCUCUUCCCCAUCCCCUCACUCUUUUCUGUCCUUCCUUCUCUCUUCCCUCUCUUUUCCCACCCUCAUCACUGCACCAGUACCGUAUGUAGACACCUGGCAGCUCAGGAUCAGAUCGGAGGAGACCUGGUGAAGCGGGGUGCCUGGCUGCGGGAAGCUCCUCUGUGUCUAUCCCAAUGGCAGGUAGCGCCCGAGGGAUCCUCAGGACCGCCGCAGCGCUCGUCCAUGUGGGUGGAUGUAGGCUUUUGACAAGGGGGGGGGGUGCAGAGAGUGAGGUGCAUCACCCCAUAUAACCCUGGACUCCCUCCACGUCGGUGGAGAUCAACUUUGCAAAAUUUGCAGCACCCCUUUAAACAUUGGGAAGCGACCAGCUUGUCAGAAUUGCUCCUGCUGGAGCGACCAUCAGCAGAGCACCGUUGAGGCCUUGUGGAAAUCUGGUGCUGAGCUGCCUUCCCCACCGCCGAGGGCAGGCAGGAGACUGUGGCAGAAGCAGAACUCAAACCCAGGGCCCCAGAAUCGCAGUGCUGUGACCGCAGAGUCAUCUUUUAUCUCCAUCCAGCAGAGACAACGGUUAUGACAACGCUCAUUGACUUUCAAAUAAGACCCAGGGAGGCACUCCUCUAAUUCAUCAUCUAUUAAUUUAUUACAAAGCUGAACUCUCAACCCAAAGUUCCUUGGCAGUCUCUUCUUUAAAAUCUCACCCGUAAUUUUCUGCUGCCUCUCGCAUUCAAUCUGUCACCGCAUGGACAAGCCUCGUACAACUCUUUCCUGCUUUUGGGUCACACGACCUCUCCCUGUUUGGGAGUCAGCUCCCAUCCAAGGUUUCUGGAGGAGAAACAGAAGCUGAGAGUGGCGUGCGCAGGAACGAUGAACCCGCAUGGACUGCUGAUGCAGAUUGCAAAGACCAUCUCCUCUGAAUCCAACCCCGUGCAGCUACAAAAGCAAUGUUUCUUCUGGAUUCGCCCGUGGUUUCCUUAGUUUCUCAUUUUUUAAUGAUGUUCAUUAUUUAGUUUCCCAGAAGGAUGUUUCUUAUGGCCUAGUACACUUGGCUAUACCUGGUAAGUUUAUUGAUGGUCCCGGUGCAUCAUUGCUGGCCUACCCAAGAGAAUAUUAGAGCAGUACUGAAGGAAGCAACAUCAAAGCAUGCAUGUCCAAAUGGCAUGUUCAGAGCUACGCCCUGCUAUGGGUGUGUGCUAUAUUGACUUGAAUAAGAAGUUCUUAAUACCCCAGGGGGCCUGAUUUCUAAUAAUAACUUUCCUGUCCUUCCUGUUCUUCCUUACACUUUUCACUGAUGUAUUUCUAGCUCUCUAACAGCAUGCAUUGGGCGAGAAUCAUAAUGCCGCCAAAACAAAUGGUAUUACGCCGAGGAUCAUUCUGGCUUGGAGUAUACUAGCCUGCUUUGGAUGGAGGUGGAGGACUACAGAUAGGUUUGUGAUGCGCCUGCAAUUAAAGCAGCUCGCUUUGUCUCGACUUUUUUUACCGCUUUGUAAGAAUGUGUGCUUGGCCCCCGGGUGCUUAGGAACCAUCGCUGCCUCUGCAAAGCCAGCAUCUGCAGAGGACGUGCUGCUCCAACCUAGUUUCUUAUCUACCCCUGCAAUAAUAAAAAAUGGCUGAUGAUGGAGAUAGCAGCAAAAACUCUGGAAGGCAAAUCAGAGUCAAGUGUGUGGAGGCAGCAUCUACAUUGGUUUGCGACAGCCUUCGAAUGAUGUGGGCAUUGUGAAGUCGACAAUACAGCUGAGGGAAGUCAACAGAGAUAUAUACAUCCCCCAUGUGCUAGGUAGGUCCCUAAAUAGAAGGCAGCCUCUAUAAUAAUGUGUUCAACUCAGAGAUUGACCUCUGACUUUGUUCCUCUUUUCCCCUCCGCUUCUACUGUGUGAGAACAAGGAUUUCUUAGGAUAAUAUUUUUUAUUGGAGCAGCUAUACAGUGAGGAUAGAGUUAGACAAGCUUUUGAAUGCAAGACAUUCUUGGUCAGGGCCCCUUAUAUUGACGUUUUGGGGAAUUAUAGCUGGUGUUAAUGUGUUAGCGAGCCAACCGCUGUAGACAUUUCGCAGACGUGCUGAUCUGCUGCCCUCCACUGGAGAGGAAAAGGGAAGCAUUUCUGUUUUGUGUUUUUUUUUAAUUACGUUCAGGAUAUUGAUUUUAUUACUUUCCCACUCACACUAGCUCCUGGGACUAUUGAUUUCAUGCAGAAAGAUAUUAAUGGUGAUAAUAUUUUGCCUUUUCAUCCCAAUGUGCUUCACUAAGUAGAUACACACAGGAAAGCCGAUACACAGCCAUCUCUGCUGGGGGGCAGGACCCAACCAAUAUACAGUCCGAUGCACAGCUGUACAAGAAUGGAAUAUUUUGACCAUACAACUAGGCAAAGUUGCGGGGCAGGGAGUGGUUAAGCUACAGUGGGAAGUAUAAUAUCCAAACAGAGCAGAGGGGACCCAGGUCAUUUUUUAAAUCUUAUCUGAACUACGCAUAUGCACACACACGUGUGCACAUGCAAAAAUGCAUGGGAUUUCAGCACUCCACCCUGGAACAAUCAUAGCCUGAGCUGAACCCACUGCUGCUGGAACCGAUGAUAAGUAUUUUUAACCUGGCACAUACAGCACAAAGCCGUGCUCUAAAUUAACCAAACCUUCCUAGUGACAACAAGAGAGCCUCCCUUGGCCCACAGAGGUGAAUGAAAAGACUCCUAUAAACUCUUGCUAUGCAAAUCUAUUAUAAUCUACCUGGGAAAUAGGUAGGUCAUAGCUUGGAGGUUUCAAUCUAUGUGCUUGAAGUACUUCUGCCAUCUCCUGGGUAGAGCUGGAAAUGCACCCAUCUGCCAGAAAUCCCAGUGAUGUCCAACUCCUCCAGGUUUGAGUGCUGGCUCAAGCCAUUGCUUAUCCUGGCAUAUCAGCAUGCCCACGCAGUGCAUGCAUUAACUGUAGGCAGGUCCUUAACUGCUGCAAGUUAUCUGAUCUGUCUGUACAGGCAACCGCCACCAGUCAGGCUCUGGCCACGUACCCCUGCUCUUACCUACGUUCCCCGUGGAUCCCCUAUAACCAGGUCAUAUAGACAGCACAUCCUCUUCAACACACCACGUCAUUCCUUGGUCAACACCUGGCUUUCAUCCGGGGACUCAGCUCAGUUGUGACUAUAUCCUAGACAGCCUGUAUGUCAGAGGUAAAUAGAAUAGAGCAGCCAUCAUUCCAACCAAUUGGGACCAAAACUCAUUCCUAAAAAUCAAAUGAUUUGGUUAAUGAAACAUGUUUUAAAUGAAUAUUUAUGUACGUAAUAUAUACAACCUAUAUACGAAUGUCUUUCACAUUGAUUUUUUUUCCAUUGUUAAAACUCUUUGCUUUUGCUACCAUUGCUCUCCCUUUGCUUUUGCUACCACUGCUAGGUAGGUCCCUAAAUAGAAGGCAGCCUCUAUAAUGAUAGAAUAAGACUUUCAACACGUAUCACACAGGGUGCGUCUACACAAGAUGCUAACUGCACAGUAUCCUAAUGCUACUGAGCAGUAGCCUGCAAGGCAAAACCCGUGCUAAUUUGCUAUUGUGCAGUCGUAUUAGGCUACUGUGCAGUUAGCGUCACUAAAAAGCCAUGAGCCGGUGCUACUGCACAGUAGUGCCGGUUACUGCACAUUGAUUUAGUUCUUGGUUAUACCAGUACUAAACUUAAUGCGCAGUGAUAUACCAGGAGAAGCUAAAGGCAGCUUUUAGGGAAAUAAAAACAGGCACUGAGUAGAGAGACAGACAAAUAUUUCCGGGGGAUGGGGUCUUUGUAGGCAUCAGUAUGGCAUUUGCCUUUGCUGCACUGGCAAUUGCUUUAAACAUUUAAUUUGGAACGUGCAGUUGAGGAAAGACAACUCGGGGGCUCAAAGAAGACAAUGCAGCAGAGGUCAGGGGCAUGGAGCCAGGCAAUGACUGCCUUUGGAAGCCUGCAGCUUUCAGCCCU